UAGAGAAAUGAGUUUUCAUUACGGACAGGGCUAUCCAGGUGGUGGACCUCAGCACCACCCCCCUCCCGGGGCACCUUAUGGGGCCAGUGCUCCACCCGGGGGUCCUGCUGGGGGUUACGGGGGCGCACCAGCCCAGCACGGUGGGCACUACGGAGGAGGAGGGGCGGCCCCGGGAGCGCCAUACGGGGGAGGAUACGGAGCUCCGCGCGGACAAUAUGGCCCAGGGGGCGGAGGAGCGCCGGGAGCACCGUACGGAGGCGGUCAGGCACCGGGAGCGCCAUACGGGGGAGGAUACGGACAACCUCACGGGGGACCCUACGGACAACAGGCACCCGCAGGUAACGUGCCCCCAGGAGUGCACCCAGAGGCUUACCAGUGGUUCAACACAGUGGACACGGACCACAGCGGCUACAUCAACCAGAAGGAGCUCAAGCAGGCCCUGCUCAACUCCAACAGCACACCCUUCAACGACGAGACCUGCAUGAUGAUGUUCAACAUGUUUGACCGCAGCAGGUCGGGGAGGAUGGACCUGGUGGGCUUCUCUGCGCUGUGGAUGUACCUGCAGCAGUGGAAGGGGCUCUUCCAGCAGUUCGACCGAGACCGCUCUGGGGCCAUCAGCAGCAACGAGAUGCACCAGGCCUUAUCCCAGAUGGGCUACAACCUGAGCCCGCAGUUCAUCCAGAAGCUGGUGGGCCGCUUCUCCCCGCGCGGCCAGGGCACCAUGUACCUGGACCGCUUCAUCCAGGUGUGCUCGCAGCUGCAGACCAUGACGCUGGGCUUCCGCGAGAAGGACACGGGCAUGACGGGCAACGUGCGCCUGAGCUACGAGGACUUCCUGGGCGGCGCCAUCACGCGCCUCAUGUAACCUCAUCCACAAGAUGGCCGCCAGCGGCAGACACCGCAGGAGUGCUGAUAGACGCCCGUGGAUAGUAACUGACUCAACAGCGCCCUCUACCAUACCCUGGCAUAGACACGCGCCGGAUUGGAACUGGGUCUGUUCGAGAAUCAGUGUCUGUCUAUGGACUCCUUCAGGACCUGCUAGCUCACUGACAACCAUGAACCAGUUUAUGACUAAAUUAUCUACGACAAGGCCAAAGUAAUUCACCUCCAUUUCACCAUUCCACACACCCCUCAGCUUUUAUACUCAGGGCCAAGCUCAAGAUGAAUUGUGCUGCAGAAAUUGCCUUCUUGCAUCUGGUCCACUGCCUUAUAUUCGCUGUCUCCUCUCGUAGCCAUAUGUUUUAUUACCACUACACUCCACGGGGGUAUAAUCAGUCAUCUCAGCUCAGUAAUGUGUAGGCACUAACCUUUCAGUAUCUGACAGCCAUGCACCAUCAUUUAGGAUGGGACUAUAUAGUACAGUAGUUUGUUGUGUGCCAUUGCAUUAGAGGAUAUAAAAACACAAGAGUAAAUGUGUUAGCCAUAUGUCUUCAGCGGAUAAAGAUGAAUUAUUGUUUACAUUUUGGGUUUUGCUUCACCAUUUAUUCCAUUAGUCAGCUCAGAUAAAUAUCAGUGCAGUUCAUAUCAGAUAACAUCUGAUGACGCUGACGAUCUGUGCCACAAAUACUGUGGUUCUUCUCACCCAGCAGUGCUUCAUAAUACUCAACCAGAUAUAACCAGCCAUAGCACUCUGCUAAUGUAUCCCACAUUUUAUGAAAGCACAGCCUCUGCCAAGGCAGCAUCACUUGAAGACAAAAAAAGUGCCAUUUUCCUGAUUUACUCCCUUGUGCCUCUAUAUACAGCCAUUAACACAGAAUAAUGAAGUAUAUAGCCAGAGCAUAGUGCCGUAGUGGCUUUGCUUGUGCACUGAAGUGCACUUGUGCACUUUUUCUGUUGUGUGGAGAAAGCCAGUUUCAGUUUGUUGUUCUGUUUGGACUGUUUUUUUUUGUAGGCUGUAUUUUAUGUUAGAGCUCUAUGAAGUAAGAAACACCCCCCGUUUGGUAUCCUUCUUGCAGUAUUUAAAUAUUAUUCAUAAAACUGGUCACAAUAUUGAAAUGGCUAAAUAUCUAUGGGAUGGGGGUGUUUCUUCACUGGUACAAUGACAAAAGGCGAUUAUGAGCGAAUGGUUGGCUGUUGAAUUCUUGAUAUUGUGACAUUUGGGGCCAAAUAUCUGGUGAAACUUUUCUUUUUUUAAUGCAAUCAGAUGUACUUGUUAUGGAACGAUGUACUUCAUUACAAACCUUGUAUCUAUCUGUAUCUGUGUGCUAUUUUGCUGAAAAAUAAAUGAUGGCUUACUUUGACAA